CUGGUGUAGACAGGGUUAUUUAUUCAGGGUCAUCUGAGCUCUUUCAAUACGGCCGGGAAAUCCGUUUUGUGUAAUGUGUCCUUCCCCUUCCGACCAUAUUGAAAGUCUUAAGAAUAAAUAUCCCAUGCAAUUCUGUCGAGAGAGAGGCGGGAAGUCAAAGCAUGGCCUGCAAUGGGAUGAGGGGUGGCAUGAUAAUGAGAGGCAAGGGACUUGUUCGUACUACAUAUACACAUUAAUAGAAAUAUAUUUUUAUACACACACACACACACACACUGCAAGAGAAAAUAUUUACAACGUUGAGGUAGAUCUGUCCUUGAAAUUCAAUCCUGACACUAUAGAGCUUUUUGAUGACGUGAGUGCCGAUUUCGGCACAGCCAUGAUCGUGAUUAUGUGGCUGGGUUGCCAAGUGCAUCACUAUUAUGGCAGAAAGCAAACAUGUGGUCUGUCGCGUCUGAAAAGCUGAUAUGAAGAAAUGAAACAGGAAAAAAAAAAUUGUCGCAAAGUCAUGCUCGAUGUCGUAGUUAAAGUCAUGGGCAUUCUCAGCCCAUAUGUCAAAUGCCGGGCACCGAUAGAUUUUC